GUGCGGGCUACGGUUUCGUACUUCAAGAGAAGAGGUCUCUGUGUGAGACUGAACUCAUCUUUAAAGCAGUGGGUUUCAACUCGUUGGAAUAGUUAUUUUGACAUGCUUGUAUCAGUCCAUUCUCAGAUUGAUUCAGUGAAGGCUGUUUUACAUAAUGAAGGUGCCUCUGAUAAGAUGCUGGGUUAUGACCACCAUAUAACUGGCCAGCUUAUAGAAUUUCUUAAGCCGUUUAAAGAAGCCACAGUUGAUCUAGAGAGUGACAAGGAUCCAACCCUACAUUUAGUUCUACCGUGGUUUUAUGCCUUAAAAACUCACUGUACCGUACGGGAUAACGAUGAAGAGGACAUGAAACCUUUGAAACAAGCCGCUGAUGCCUUCCUAGAACAGAAAAUGUGCGUUAGUAUGUUGCAUAAAAUUGCAACGUUUAUGGUGGCUAACUACCGCACAUUAAGAAAGUUAACCGAGGAUGAAAAAAUUGAAGUUUACCAAGCAGCACGACAGAUGUGUGCUGAAGUUUCAGUACAAGUGCCCAAUCACAGCAACCAAGAAACAAAUCCAGGGCCGUACAAAAUGGCGAAAUUUGAGGACUGGGCAGAAGAGCCUCCUCUCCUACAUGAUGAAGUCAGCAGAUACUUGCAAGAACACUGUGAGGGCUAUGAUUUAAUUGUCCUCCUCUCGGGUCUCCCCUGUUUCUUUGUUACGCUGCGCCCCGCCGCCGCGGCCGCCCCCACCUCCGCCCCGCAGGUUAAAGCGGAACGAGCGCGCGCGCGUAAUUUACUGCCCCCCGUGUGCGCGCCGCCACAAAAGGAGCACGGUGAGCCUCCCGCACAGCCGGUGCGUGGCCGCCGCCUCUGA